AUGUUCCGCUCCCUCGCCUUGGUCCUCGUCUUCGCCGCCGUCGCCAUCCGCGCCCAGACCCUGGGUGCCUGCCAAACCUUCUGCAACGCCCAAGGACCUAGCGCCACCUACUGCAUGGCCGACACUCCGUGAGGAGUCCAACGUCUUCUGAAACCUUCAGAACUUCAGAUUCAACUCGGUCGGCAACAAGUCGUGCUUCAACCUCUGCGUCAACAACUGCAUGGUCGACGUCUCCAAGUGCCUCGACAGCAACUAUGCGUAGGUCCUUCUCUCAGAUCAGGCUCAAGAAGUUAGACUCCAGAUGCGCCAUCAAGAAGACGCCCAUCGGAGGCAACAACGACCUGAAGAAGAGCGGCUGCGACAAACUCUUCUACCCCGCCUGGUACUUCACUACUCCAGCCCCCGGAAAGUAAAAGUUCUGUCGGAUGUGCUGAAUAAAUGACGAAGAAUCAUUUCCGUGUUACAUCAUCAUCAGCAAGUCAUCCUUUAGAAAAAAGUCCAAGCCUUAAUGAGAAAAUGAGGGUCAUUUAAUGAAAUGAUGACCAAAGAAGGCAUUCUUUUUCGGCUUUUUUUUUUUGAGAUGAACGGGCUCCUAGAAUUUGCAGUUGGCGUAUCUCUACUACUCAUUCACUUAUUCAGUAUUAGUUUCAAUGUGUGUGCGUUUGUCGCUGUGAGAAGAUAUAAUAGAAAGUGUCCAGGUGAGAGAAGUUUUUUAGUGGUCCUUAAAGGGUACUUGAAAUAUGAUCACCAAUGGUUCGAGGCGUAUAUAAGCUGUUCUUGAGCUUCUGUGUGAAGGAUUUUUCCAUUUCGAUUUUUUGUAGGGCUUGAGGAAAAAAGCUGGAGUUUCAAAGUUUGCUAUGAAAGAAGGGGUUUGUUGACUUAUCAAAUGAGAAAUAUGGAACAAAAAGCAUAAAGAGUUAAGAAAAUAGUUUUUUAAAAUCUUCCCUUCAAGAUUUAAAGAAAAUUUCUCCGAGUCGAUAUUUUCAAUUCACUUUUUUUCCAGCGGCACUUCCGAUAGUCUAUAUAAACCUUAUGAUUUUCUCCGAGACUUUCUACAACUUGACCGGCUUCCUACAGUUCUGUUUCCCAUUUUUGGUUCCUGACAGCGUUGAGAGAGGUUUUAUUCACUUAUCCUGAAGCUCGCCUAGAAAAUUACACAUUGAAGUAGGUUCAUGAAAUCCAGUUUCUCAAGUUGAGAAACUGGAUUUCAUGAACCAGAAUCGAGGCUUGAAUAUAGUUGAGAGCGAAAAUUCAGAUGCUCAAAGUGGAGAAAACGACGGUAUAUCGCUUGCUGCAAGGUUGCAUGAAGAAAACUUUGAAAAAUUACCUUGGCUGAAAUUUCACUUCAGUUCAAAUGAAUAAAUAUUUAAAUGUUCGAAAAUACUGACCUCCUUCCCAAAAGAAAAGAGCUUUAUUGAAGUUACUGACCAUAUUUAAACUUUGAGCCGUCAUAAUUUUGUUUUCCAAAAAACUCCUUUGAAGUUCUCAUGCAAAAAUUCGGAAUCAGCGUGAAAAACACCCCAUUGAACUUUUUCUCAAUAAUCAUUUGGGAGCGCUGAGAUAUUUCCAGAAAAGAAGGAAUCUUUUUUCAGAAGUUUUCAAGUGGACGGCCAUACCUGCCGCUACCUUAGGACUCAUUUUCUACUGCCAAAGGAUUUUCAUGACACCUUUGAUGACGAUAAAUCGGGCCUUACUCACCUUGUCCCCAACGAAAUCUCAUUGGUUUUGCAAGCCAAGACUCUGGUUCUACAACGCCAUCAUUGCGGUUUCGAUUUUCAAUCAGAAACUGAUUUUUGAUUGAAGGUUCUUCAGAGCCUCGUCUUCACUUUCGCCAUCAUCCCCUUAUUUUUGGACUGCCCCACGAUUUUUGACAUCCGGAGAAUAGCUUUUCUGCCGACCUGCGGCGAACCGCAAAAGGUCCGGUUUGAUAUUAUUAACUUUAUCAAAAGAAUAAAUUUUUUCAGAUAACUUCAAUCCUCCAAAUGAUUAUAAUUUCAUCAUUGUCGUUCUCCUUGUCUGGAAAUGUUUUACUGAUUCUAUAUAUCAAGUUCCGAAGGACUACAGUGUUCAAAAGGAUGACCAGCAUUCGAAGUGAGUUCUUCGAAACUUUGAGUUCGGGCAUUUACGAAUUCUGAAAUCUCCAGAUCUAAUUCGAAAUUCCUAAUGUUUUCAUUAACCCCUUCAGUAGCCUGGAAACUAAGCUCGGACUUUUUAGUAAUAAUUAAAGUUUUUGUGCAGAAAAAAGCUCACCUUUGCAUUUUUCAGUGAUCGCUUACAGCUUUUAGCACCUCUUGGUACUUUUUGGUUAAAGCCUAGGGACUCAACUUGAACCUCCUAAAGUGGUCACUCAUAGUUUUAUAAGCACAUAAGCUUAAUUUUGACUUUCCUAGGCUACUUGAAAUUCAAUGCGGAUCUUUAUAGUUGCUUACAGGUUUUAGAGAUUAAUAACUCUGUUCAGACCCUCCCGUACCCCCUAAAAGCUGAAAAGCGAUCUCUUUUCAAACUCAAAUAUUUCGGGCUUGUUUUCUCAGAAAACCAGAGUGGAAUAAGCUUCCGAGCAGCGAAAAGCCGGAUACGUGCCGAAAAUACCUUGUUGAUCCAGGCGGUGGCAGUUUCCUGUACCUUACUCGAUUUUGAGAUAACUGAUAAGAUCGCUGUCUUCUUUAGUGUUAGUUAUCUUGUGCUAAUCUCAAACAAGUGGAUGUUUCCAGGAAGAAUACCAGAAGUUGCCGAUUUUUGUCCAGCACAUUGCUUUUAGCACCCGAAUCUACUCCCAGUUCUUCACCAACUUCACCGUCUAUUUCAUUUUCACCAAGCUUCUCCGACUGGAAAUCAUCCGUCUGUUCAAACCCGACUACAAACGAAAAACGAUGGCCUUCAUGAGCAAAAUCUCCUCGAAUGAUGUCAUCAAACAAUAA